AUGUUUCUUCCCGGAAGGUUUCCGGUCAGAUGGAUAACCUUGCUGAUAGCGUGCUUGAUCAGUGUCGGAAGCUGUUAUGAUGUGGAUGUGCAGCAAUUUAAAGAUUCCGGAUUUCAAAUCGGUCCAAAAUUUGUCGGAGUUACCAUCGAUUCCGGUAUAUUCGGACAUUUUUCAGAGCUGCAAUUGCAGAACCCUAAAGUGCUGACUCUGGCUAAAGGGUUAACCCCUAAUAGAGUGCGUGUUGGCGGUACUGACUGUGAUUUUGUUAUUUUCAAUGAUACAGUAACUAGUGGUUUAAAUAAACAGAGUAAUCAUACUAAUACUUCCAUGACUGUUGCUGAUUGGGACGAACUGAACAAUUUUGUGAGGAGUGUUGGUUGGGAUUUGAUUUUUGAUUUUAACGAGUUUCUGCGGAAGGGAGACAACUGGGAUCCUACCAAUGCCAUAGAAAUCCUGAAAUACUCACAACAGAAGGGAUAUAAACUGUGGGGAUAUGAGCUAGGAAAUGAAUUGGAUGUAUUUCGAGAGAAUAAUCUAUCUGUUCCACAGAUCGCAUCUGAUUUCAUUUACUUCAGACAGCUGUUAGAAAGUAUGGCCGGAAUAUCACCUUUUACCCUACUAGGACCAGACGCUGGAACUGUGGAGAAUAGAUCCGAUGUUUAUAUGACGGCGUUCUUUAAAGCUGGUGGAGCUAAUGCUAUCGACGUCUCAACUUGGCAUCAUUACUAUAUGAACAGUCUAAAAGCAACAGUUGAGAAAUUCCACGACGUCAAGACUCUAGAAUCGCUCAGACCAGAAUUAACUAAAGUUAUGGAAAUCUGCAGAGAAUAUGCUCCAGGAAAAGAGGUUUGGUUGGGAGAAACAUCUUCGUCUUAUGGUGGUGGAGCUCAUGACAUAUCUGAUAGAUACGUCGCUAGUUUCUUAUGGUUAGAUAAACUCGGUCUGUCAUCAUCUCUGGGAAUUCAAGGUAUACUACGACAGACGUUUUAUGGUGGAAACUAUGCUUUAAUGGGAUCUACAUUUGAUCCCAAUCCGGACUAUUGGUUGACCUAUUUGUAUAAAAGAUUGGUUGGUAGUCCAGUUUUAAAGGUACCAGAGGUUUCCAGUGAUUUCAGACUUUAUGCUCACUGUACCAAUACUAACAGAUUGGUUGGUAGUCCAGUUUUAAAGGUACCGGAGGUUUCCAGUGAUUUCAGACUUUAUGCUCACUGUACUAAUACUAACAGCUCCAGUCAAUAUGAAAAGGGGAGUAUAACGAUGUAUUUUAUGAAUCUAGGAGUUGAUACCAUACCACUUGACUUUCCUGAUAUUUCUCACAACCCAGUCGAUGUUUAUAUCUUCAGUCCAGGAGAAUACAGAAACCUGACCUCCAAGAGUGUUAGAAUGAAUGGUCAAAUUCUGGAAUUGAAGAACGAGUACGAGUUACCGCCCUUGAUACCAGAGAGUCGUAACAGCACGGUUAAUAUUGAAGCUUAUGAGAUGGGUUAUAUCGUACUCCCGAAUGUUAAAUCAACACCAUGUCUUUGA